AUCUAAUUAACUUCAAGUAUAUUCUGUAUUGAAUUUGCCAGACCUCCUGUUCUGUGUGAGCAUCACUCCUGCUGGUAACAAGGUUUCUUAGGAGGACCAGACAGAACCCAGCCUUCCACCAUGCCUGUGCCACCCCCUCCAGCUCCCCCUCCACCCCCAACACUGGCCUUGGCAAAUACUGAAAAGCCAUCCCUAAGCAGGUCAGAACAAGCAGGGCGAAAUGCUCUGUUGUCUGAUAUUACCAAAGGAAAGAAGCUAAAGAAGACUGUUACUAAUGACAGGAGUGCUCCAAUUCUAGAUAAACCCAAAGGACCAAGUGGAGGUGGUGGCGGUGGCUUUGGAGGAGGUGGUGGUGGCAGCGGUGGGGGCUUUGGUGGUGGCGGUGGUGGCACCUUUGGUGCUGGUGGACCGCCUGGCCUUGGAGGCCUUUUCCAAGCAGGAAUGCCAAAGCUCAGAUCUGCUGCGAGUCGAGAUGCUGACGCCGGGGGAGCGCGCCCGCCCGCCCUGCCGCCCGGAGGCCGCCCCACAGCCGCCAAGCCCUUCACUCCGCCGAGCUGCCCGCCGCGCUUCCCUGGGCCGCCCUCGGGGCCGCGGACCUCCGCUCCCGAGCCGCAGAGGAGUCGCUUGCCGCCGCCGAGGCCCGACGUCGGCUCCAAGCCUGAUGCCGCGCCGCCCCCGGUGCCCAGCACGCCGCGGCCCAUCGCCUCCAACCUGCACAACCGGGGGUCGCCGCCGGUGCCGGGCUUGAGCCGUCAGUCCAGCCUGGGACCCUCGCCCCCACCGUUCCCGGGCAGCCGGAGCUCGGGGCCGGCCGGGUCGCUCCGGCAGCCUGGCACCAGCGCGGCUCCCCCCUUCUCCGGCCGACCGCCGCUGCCGUCCACCCCUGGCCGGCCGUCGGAGGACAAGCCGCCGCCGCCGCCGCCGCCCCCAGCAGGGCACAGGCCGCCCGCCGCCCGGGACGCGGCCCUGCCCGUGCCGCCGCCGCAGAACAGCAAGCCGCCCGUGCCCUCCGCACCCCGGCCCAGCCUCGGGGCCCCGGCCCCCCCGCCGCCCCCCAGCAGGCCGGGGCCGCCCCCCGUCCCGCCCGUCCCCGUCGGCAGCGACGAGAUGCCGCGGCUGCCCCAGAGGAACAUCUCGCUGGGGUCCUGCCCUGCGCCCGGCGGCUCAGGAGGCCGCUCCGGACCCCUGCCCCUUCCGCCCAGCGAGAGGCCCCCGCCGCCCGUGAGAGACCCCCCCAGCCGAUCAGGCCCACUCCCACCACCUCCUCCCAUAAGCAGGAAUGGAAGCGCUUCACGGGCUCUGCCCGCUACUCCGCAGCUGCCCUCCCGGGCAGGGCUGGACAACCAGAGAGGUGGACCACGACCGCCGCUUCCUCCCGACCGGCCGGGCUCAGCAGCGCCGCCGCCACCACCGCCACCUUCAGCAGCUGUCAGAAACGGCUUCCAGGAUCCUGGCGAUGAUGAAUGGGAAAGCAGAUUUUCUUUUCAUCCCAUAUCUGAUUUGCCACCUCCAGAGCCAUAUGUACCCAUGAACAGAAGUUAUCCCAGUAAACUAGCAAGAAAUGAAAGUAGAGGUGGUUCUGGCCGAAAAGAAAGAGGUGCCCCCCCGCUUCCACCUAUACCAAGGUGAAAUGGGUUCUGGCUCAUCUUUGGGUGACGUCUGUUUUCAAGUUUCCUUCAACUAGCUCUCCUAUCCACAUCAUUGGAAAGUUGUCUGUUUUGCUUCAUUUCCACUUUUGGCUUGUCAGUUGGAAAACAACUUCAGUCUCUAUUACAGAAGUAAUAGAUGCCGCUCAUGAACUAUAGUUGCUCAAAGCUAUAAAUUUUAUCUACUUGUACUGCAGGCUGUCAUGAAAGGCAUUUUGUGGACCACACACAACAUACGUGCAUCAAGCUUACUGUGUCCAGCUCUGUCCCCAUGAGAGCUUCACGAGAGGUCUGGCUUUGGAUUUAAUGAGAACUGGAACAAAGCUGUUUCAUUCACUUUGGGUACAGUGGCUGUAAUAUUUGAAUGAUAAAGUACAAUCUAUUUUCUGUUUAAAAACCAGUUUCUGGGGAAAACAGUGUUGCCCAGAGGCACCUGGAUUCUUCUUUGCAUGCCUAACUCAGCCUGUCUGCUUCUGCAAGCCAUAGACUUACUACAUGGUGACCAGGAGUUCAUCCUAAACCUUUUCACUUCAUCUUAACCAAGCACAUCUUAUUUUAAACAAUAGAUGGCACAUCCUGCCCCAAAGGUGGAGUGUGUCUGGCCUUGUUUUUAUCUGUGGAUAAUCGUCCAAAGAAAAGCAGAAGUGAAAAACUCACUUUUUGAGGUUUUUUUUUUUAAUCCUUCUUUCAUUUUUUUUUUUAAUAGUGUUAUGUUUUUAGUCACCUGAUUCUUUCCUACUCUGAGGUGGACCAGCUCACAGCCAUCCAUGUUCUGGAUUAUUGUCAUGCCCUCUAUCUGAGACUACAUGCAAAGAGUCCUCAGAAAGUAGCCUUGGUACAAAUGCAGCAAUUAGUGUAGCGGCAGGCUCCUGCUGUAAAGCAUUGCUACCACCAGUGCUCCACAGACUGCUUUCCAGUUGUUUCUUUGGUACAAUUAAAUUAUGGCUUUUGACUUUAAAAGCUUCCUGGGGCUUAGGUCACAAGUCUCAGAGAGAUUGUAUUUGAAUGGCAUUACAGUAGAGCAGCUUAGGUCAAAAAUGUGCGUAAGUGAAAGCCCUUUGAUGUAGUGAAGGAGGUCUGGGGUUUGUGGGUUCAAGUGGGAGCAUCAGCUCCGAAAUUUGCUGUCUGCACUGGUUCAGGAGAAAUGGGAAGAUUUGGCCUUCUGAGUUGAUAAUGAAGCCUGUCCUUUCAAACUUUGCUGAAAGGAGUCUCUGCAGAGAGCUUCAAGGCUUUCAUUAAUAGAAGAGAGUGUAAAGUAUUCUAACAUUGUGACAAUUGGUUAAUAUGUUUAAUGGCUUUUCAAUGUUGUAUAUGAGAAAAAAGUUCAUCGUGUGAGUGCAUUUUCAAAAGUAUCUAAAUGCAUAUAAAAUGCCUUUGGAAAUUAGGGGAAGAUUAUAAUUCUGGAUUUGAAAUAUUGCUGAAUGCUAGCUCUUUGUUAAUUGGACUUUAGAAGGUUAGCUCUGAAAAUCUCUUCUGUCUUCUCAGCAGUUUGUGUCUUCAGCAUACUCUUUGGGAUCCCUCCCAAGCCUGUAUCAGCAGCCAUGCUUCACAGGGUGUUGCUCAAGGAAUAGUCAUGUUGGUUAAGAAAAUGUUUCUGUAGCAUGGGAGGCAUGAUCCUAAGUACACUCUACAGCUAGAAUGAGUUCAGUCCUUCAAAAUCUAGGGAAUAUAGAGGAGAAGGGUCUGGACCCCACUGAAGUGUUAGUGCAUUGGACUUCUUGCUCUGUCAGUGGGCAUGGAGGGAUAGAUCCUCUUUCUGCCUGACAGCCUGGACGGUCACAAUGAAGAGGAUGAGACAGAGUUGUAUUUGGCCAGAUCAAAUUUAAUUUGGCCUUUUCAGUGUUUGUUUACAAAAUCUUAUUAGCUGUGAUAGCAUUUGAUUAUGUACCUGGUUUUUACAUUUUUAUAUCUAAAGACCUAUUUUAAGUUACUAUUUAUGGUCUUGAACCCGCAAUUAAAUGCGCAGGCGCAGGGAUGUAACUACACCUAAUUGCAGGCUCGUGGCUGUAAGAGUUUCUUAAAACAGAUAUUAGUGGGACCUCCAUGUGACAGGUGCACCAGGGAUCAAACCUAGCACAAUACUGAAUUUCUAUAUGUAUUUUAUGGGUGUCACUUAAAGUGCCUGUCUCUUUGGGAUAUUAUUAUGGGAAUAGAAGUCCAAAUAAGAUUUUUAGCAUAAUAACUUAAAGGAUAAAUUAUUGUAUUCAUGCUUUUAAACUGAAGCACUUAUAAGUUUCUAAGGAACAACAUUCUGAAUUUAAGAGUACAAUAUUUUCAGUACCUUGACCUGCCAAAUCCUUAUUAAUAUCCAAAUAGCUAUACAGCCAAAAAAAAAGAACCAAAACCCAAACCCUCCAGAAACUAUACUUUUUUUAUCACUUACUUGCUUCCAGCAUGACUGUUUUACUUUGAGUAAGUCAAUGAAAAUGCUGCACAUUGUUCUGCCAAUUCUCUGCAUCAUUCAAAAUAUUCUGUAUUUGCUCUUUUGAGUAAGGUUUUCUGACCAGAAAUUCUGGACCACUACCAAAGACUUGGCAAACCAACUUCAGUCUCACCUUAAAAUGUGCUUUGUAAAAGGCCCUCAGUCAACCAGCCACAAAAGCUGAGCUGCUUGGGUUUAGCACUUCUUUGUACUAUAGAAAGCUCUUCAGAAUAGAUGUUUGGCAUAUAUGUAAAAUAGCUUAACAAUGGAGAAAGAGGAUUUUUUUCACUGAACAACAACUUUACUAUUUAUAUCUUUUGCUAUAAAAGUCCCUAGGUAUAUUCCAGAACAGUGCAGCAUUUUAUCAUUCAAUAUAUUGCUUCAUGUAUCAGUAGCUAUUUACAAUAUGAUCAGUAUUAAAGUAUUUAUUUCACUAUGAAGUGUUAAAAAAGAAUACAAAACAGACUGAGUUAAUGGUGCCUUAUGACUUUUUAAGUCAACUUUUCCGUGUCUCACUAGCAAAAUCAAUAGGUGAUGCUCUUCCAAGUCCUAAUGUAAAUAGUGCCAACAGUAGCAUUAUGCAGUGUUUGAGCCAAGUUCUUCUGUAGUCCUUCUGUUCUGUUCUGCUCAGUCUGAUAACUUCAGAUUGGGCUCAGUGUAUGGACAGACUAUUGGAUUUGUCUGUAGGUGAGGUGUAGGUGGGCAAUGGUUAGCCCCACCAUCAAUUGUUGGUAUUGCUCUGGAAAUUUAACCCUUUCCCAAAAUCGGUGUCUCACACUGAUAUCCAUAGAGCCCAGCUGACUUCAGUGUUGUUAGAGGACAAAAUUUGAUUCGCUGCUUACAUAGAAAAUUUACUGGGUUUGUUUCAAUGACACUGUAUUAUAAACCCUCACGCCUCAAACUAUCUUUUUACGUCAUCACUAAGCUCACAAUGUGUGAAAACGGCCACAGAUGUUCAUUUUUGUUUAAUUCAAGUCAGUAAAUGAAACGGGAGUUACUUUUGUACCAUGUGACGAUAAUUUCUGCUCAGUAUAUUUGGAAGAAAAGCACACCUUAUAUUGGUAACAACUUUCUGCACCAGCCAGUGACAGAAGAGGUCACAGCGAUUAAUGUUCAAAGUUGUUAAAGGAAACUCAGCUAGUGAUUCAGGAAAUAUGUAUUUCUGUAAAUUAACUACUUCUUAAAUAAGGUUGCAAAGUUCAUGUUUAGGAACCAGCAUUUCCCAACACUGAAAGAAUCUGCAAGACUAAACUGUUGAAGAAGUUCUUUAAAUUGUCACUAAAAAAAAUGGCAGUUUCUCCUUGCAGAAAUAAUUCUUUAUAUAUGUCACUUGUAGAAGUGGGUUUCUCUUGGAGCAGAGAAUGAAGGAACUAAACUGCUAUCAUGCUUCACAUACAUUGUAAUACAACAAUUCGCUGUGCAGAAGUAUGGAAAUAGAAAGGGUUCUUUUUGCCUUGGAAUUAAAGAAUAUAGUUGAAGGAUCAAACUGGCAUUUUUUCAAGCAGAAUGUCAAAUGUCAAGAGACCUACAUAGGGCCCCUCAGCCACAGGAUGCUGGAAAGGAGCAGAUUGCUCAAGGAGAUGGAAACCAAUUGAAUGUCUGAAUGUCACUAUCGAUACCAGAGUACAAAUUAUGAUAUAAAAUGUUGCAUCUAUGUAAUACCACAUCGCAAUAGCGUGAACAUCAUUGUGUCUCAGUCAGGUGCAAACAACCUGUUUGGCGGUACAUGGACUCUCUAUAAAAUAUUGUAUGAACUUUAAUCUUUCAAAUGGUAUUCACCAGGAAACAACGGGAAUCUCUUACCUAAGGUAGCCAGUAGCAUGUUAAGUGUAGUUAGUUCAUGGAAUGCUUCUUCAUGUACAUUGGGAGAAAACAAGCCUGAGAGGUGGAAAUGGCUGGACCAUUCUGUUAAAAGGUAAACCUGGAGCACUGGCAAAAAUGGGAGUGCUGGAAUUACUCAGCAGAAGCAGGGCGCAUGUAUUAUGUGCUCACUUGAGUGAGUAUGCAGCAGGUGAGUAGGCAGACUCAAAGAAAAAGAAACCGCAUGUCUUAAAAAAGGGAGUAACCCUUCAGUAUGUUGCCAUUCUGAAAUACACUUCGUUUGUGGUACAUACACUUUAAGGUAAACUAAUGGCAUGCAAAGGAAGGCCUCUUAAUUUGGACUUCCAAAGCCACACAAGAUCAUGAAAGAUUGAAAAACGUAACUUAAAACAUAGGCUGAGCAGAAAGUAACAUGUUUUUAUCAGAUGCUUAAAGUUUGAGCUUUUUAUAAAAUAUCAGUCUAGUUCUGUGAAUAUUUUUUUUGCUUAACAUUUAUUUUAUACGUGAUUUUGUUCUUAUUUUUCUGUCCUAUGCCAAAUAAAUUUUACUUUUAUUUAA